GAGAGCAAGCGGACAGCACUGAGAAUGGACACCCAGUCAGACACAGACUACUGCUUUGGAGAGUGUGUGAAGUGCAGGAAAGCUGUGCGUGGAAUUGGGCAGGCUUGCCGAGCACUGGGUCAGCUGUACCAUGAUGACUGUUUCACCUGCUGUAACUGCAGUAGGAAACUCAGAGGGAGCCCAUUUUAUUACAUGUCUGAACAAGUCUUCUGUGAGGAGCAUUUUUUGCAUUCUAGAUUGAAAUGCUCUGUUGACGUCUGUGACUCCUGUGGAUUCCUAAUUACUGACAUGGCUGUGCAGGCUGUGGGGAAAUCCUUCCACCCUACCUGCUUCCGCUGUGUCGUCUGCAACCAGAGACUGGAGGGGGAGCCUUUCAGUGUCGACACACAAAGCAGGAUAUACUGUGUAAAAGACUUCCAAAGAAGAGGGCGUUCACCUGCACACUCUAUUGGUCAACUGAUUUGGAGGGACAGGUCUCUUGCUCCAAGCUGUGAAGCCUGUGGGCUGCUUAUCCUGCCCUCUGAGGGUUCUGUGGAGACCAUACAAGUGGUGUCCAUGGAUCGAAACUACCAUGUGGAAUGCUUUCCAUGCAACUUUGGAGAGCGUUCUAUUAAAAACACUUGACUUUUAGGUCAGGUUUAUUUAGAGAGAUUUAGUGAAAAAGAACAUAUGAAACAUCAUAAGCCAC